AUCACGAAUCGACAUCGCUCUGCAGAAGCGUACAGAUAGCGAAAGAGAGAGAGCUGCAAGAACAGGGAACAUCACGCACGGGGUGUCGAUGUGAAAGCAGUUGUUCCUCCUCGUCCAAGCACCCAUCAAAACUUAUUUUACGCUUUGUUUUUAACGGGAUCCGCCGCACUAGCCGAGCGUAUUCAACACAGCGAGAAACGGCGGUUUCCUGCACGGGGGUUUUAAUGGGAGUCUUGCAUCGAUAAAACGCUUCUCCCCCCCCUUGACGGACCCUCGCUCGAACCGAACCGGACUCGGGCGCUGUCCUCACCGGGGGGUAUCCGAACCCAGUGAUAUUUUGACUAGGAAAAGACCACUCCGAGUCCGAAUAUGGCAGGAAACCUGAAGAAAGGUGGGGGGCUUAUUGGCUUGAUGAAGGACGCUUUUCAGCCUCACCAUCAUCUCCACCACUCCCAUCACCAGCCCGGGGCCGUAGACAAAAAGACGGUGGAGAAAUGCUGGAAAUUCAUGGAUAAGGUGGUCCGGCUAUGCCAGAACCCCAAGUUGGCCUUGAAGAACAGUCCUCCGUACAUCCUGGACCUGUUACCAGACACCUACCAGCAUCUCCGCACUAUCCUAUCCCGCUACGAAGGCAAGAUGGAAACACUGGGUGACAACGAGUACUUCCGCGUUUUCAUGGAGAACUUGACCAAGAAGACCAAACAGACCAUAAGCCUGUUCAAAGACGGCAAAGAGCGAAUGUUUGAGGAGAACUCUCAACCCAGACGAAACCUGACGAAAUUGUCGCUGAUAUUCAGUCACAUGCUCGCCGAACUCAAAGCCAUCUUUCCCAAUGGCCUGUUUCAAGGGGAUAACUUCAGAAUCACCAAAGCGGAUGCCGCAGAGUUCUGGAGAAGAUCAUUUGGGGACAAGACCAUCGUGCCUUGGAAGGUGUUCCGGCAGGCCCUGCAUGAGUUUCACCCUAUCAGCUCGGGCCUGGAGGCCAUGGCUCUAAAAUCCACCAUCGACCUCACCUGCAACGACUAUAUCUCCGUUUUUGAGUUCGACAUCUUCACCAGACUUUUCCAGCCUUGGUCAUCACUGCUUAGAAACUGGAACAGCCUGGCAGUGACUCAUCCAGGCUACAUGGCCUUUCUCACCUACGAUGAAGUCAAAGCUCGUCUGCAGAAAUUCAUCCACAAGCCCGGCAGCUAUAUUUUCAGACUGAGCUGUACGCGGCUUGGCCAGUGGGCUAUUGGUUACGUCACAGCUGAUGGGAAUAUCUUGCAGACCAUUCCUCAUAAUAAACCCCUCUUCCAGGCCCUCAUCGAUGGCUUUAGGGAAGGAUUCUACCUUUUCCCUGAUGGCCGCACACAUAACCCUGACCUCACAGGGCUGUGUGAGCCCUCGCCUCAAGACCAUAUCAAAGUCACACAGGAACAAUAUGAGCUCUACUGUGAGAUGGGCUCUACUUUCCAGCUCUGUAAGAUCUGUGCUGAGAAUGACAAGGAUGUGAAGAUUGAGCCCUGCGGCCACCUCAUGUGCACUUCCUGUCUCACAGCCUGGCAGGAGUCAGAAGGCCAGGGCUGCCCAUUCUGUCGCUGUGAAAUUAAGGGCACUGAACCAAUCGUCGUUGACCCCUUCGAUCCCAAGGACCCCAAUAAAUCCUACGGAGGCUGCGCAAGCAUGUUUGGGGCGGAGGGAGCCCCUUCGCCCAGCUACGAUGAUGAUGAUGAUGAUCGCUUGGAGGACUCUCCUUUCAUGAUUAGCAAGCUGGUUGGUGCUAAAGUCGAGAGGCCGCCCUCACCGCUGUCAGCUGCCCCUCAGCCCGUCGUUCCCCCAGUACCUCCUCGGCUGGAUCUGCUUCCUCUCAGACCCACCAACCCUCCUGGGGCCUCUAGUCCAGGCGCCACAUCCAAGGCCCAAUCCCAUCAUAAGGACAAGCCGUUACCGCUGCCCCCAGUCCUUAGGGACCUGCCCCCACCUCCUCCCCCAGACCGACCGCCCCCAACCGGAUCAGAAAACCGUCUCCCGAGACGCCCUCUCCCUAAUACGCCUGGAGAACCUCCUCGGGACAAACUUCCUCCUGCCCCACCUAACCGCAACAUGCCGGACUGGAACUCCCGCCCUGUACCCAAAGCUCCAUCACAGCCACCAGCAAGUGGAGACUCACGUUUGUCUCGAGAACUCUCAAACAGACACUCUCUGCCUCUCCAACUGCCCUCCACACUCGACUCCAGAGCAGAAGGGCUGAGGAACAGCGGCCCCCCGAGCCUCGACCACCAGCUGAGUUUCGGAUCUUCCAAUCCCGGGUCAGAUUAUGACUGCCCGAAAGUAAAGCCAUCUGCCUCGGCUAAUGCCAUCUAUUCCUUGGCAAUCAGGCCUGUCCCAGGAGUCAAAGCUCAGACCGGGGAGGACACCUGUGAGAACGAUGAGGAGUCGGAGUACAUGACUCCAUCCUCUCGGCCAGUGCUGCCCUCUGCUGCAGGGGAAGCUGUGCCUCCACUUUCUUACAGUCCCAGGAGCAUGCUUAAUGAAAUGGAGUUAGAAAGCCCACAGAUGUACGAAGCUAUGUACAACAUCCAAGCCCAGGCCCUUACUGCCUCUGCACCUCAUCAGGCCAGAGACUCAGAUUACUCUGAAUUGCCUCCUUUGACCUGCUCGAAUGGCCCGAGGGAUCCUGUUGGUGCAUGUGGUGAGGAGGAAGAGGAGAACAGCUAUGACUAUCCCAAGCCCCUUGUACCCACCAACCUCGCCCGACGCACACUGUCAGAUAUUAACCCUACAUCCUCAGCCUUCAGCCGCCUUACCAUGGAUGUCGGAGCAGCAGCAACCAUGGACCCCACUGAAGCCCCUGAGCGGCCUCCUAAGCCUCUUCCCCGUCGCAUCAACUCAGAACGCAGGCCCAGCCCGGUUCCCCCUGGAGCGAGCCCAGGGCCCAGCCAGCAGAUCAGCAGUGAGAUCGAGCACCUCUUGAGCCAGGGCUACUCCCAUCAGGACAUCCAAAAAGCCCUAAUGAUUGCACAGAACAAUAUCGAGAUGGCCAAGAACAUCCUGAGGGAGUUUGUGUCCAUCCCUUCUACUGCUCAUAUCUUAACAUAGCGAAACUUCUCCGAGCAUCUAGUCGCGCCCCGACCACAAUCGUCGCGCAUUCGUCUAGACUCCAGAAGAACAGAGCGCAAACUUGUGCUCUGCCUCUAGUUCUAGUGACGGCAAGAGACACUUUCUCCGUAACACUUCUCGGAUUCUCUGUCCUCCUUCGUGCGUGCGGAAGAGCGAGGGCCACUUCUUCAGCCUGAAGGCAACGCGUGUCCCUUAAGGACAAAACAAAAAAGAAAAAAACAUGUUUGUGUUUAUAUAUGAUUUAAUAUAUAAAUCAGAAUAUUGAAUAUAGUUAAUAUAUACACAUGUAUGUUGGAGAGGUUCAGCUGCAGAGAUCAGGGUGUGUGAAGUAUUAGGCCUCGCAGUUUGGAUAGCUAAAGGGAGUUAAACAGCAGACUGCAGCCGAGCAUUUUCUGGCAUGAAAUGGCCUUUACGUGUGUUGCUUCGGUACGUUUUGUUUUCAAGUGUGCGUUUUUUUUUUUUUUUCUAAUUUUUCGUCUGUCUAGUAGCAUGCAGUACAUGUCGGUCCCCACAGCGCAGUCACCGGUUUCAAAAAUACCGCUCAGCCCAAAGCAAACCCGUUCUCCGCUUGACCUUGACCUCCAGGGUACUGUGGGAUUUUUGUGUGUGUGUGUGUGUGUUUUUUAUGCGCGUGGUGGUGGCUGGCAUCGGAAAUGGGCUCUCCGUCAGCCUUGUUACAUCUGUGUAGCAUUACUGUAACUGUACUGUACCAUGAAUUCACUUCCCAAAUGUUUUAAGGACAGCCAGUCCUUCAGAUUCCCAGUAGGAACGUUCUGAUGUCAGGGGACAUGUCAUUUGUUUGCUCUAAUCUGAAUGUGUCAUUAAUAUGGUGGUCUCCGAAUUUUGUGAAGUAGUGCGUUUACUAAAGAUAGUGCUCUCUAACAGAUAAAGGCCGAGAGGUUGGACACACAGUGAAUCUGCUUGGUUAAAAAAAAAAAAAGAAGAAAGAAAAAAAAGAAGGAAGUAUUUGCUUAAAAAGGUCCAAGGCCUGGCCAAGUUUCUGUAUUUGGUGGGGACUGAAAUCACUCUUGGGGAGGUUCGGACUCUUGUAUGAAGCUGUUCAUCUUAGAAACCAUUUCAUUUGAUCACCUUAAUAUAUUGUUAUUAUUAAUGUUAUUAUUAUUAUUAUUGUUUCGAUUUAUUGUUAUUAAUACAGAAGUGCUUUACUGCUGCUAUUAUUGUUAGUGCUAAACAAUUAAGCCUUAAAUGUACAUUUGUGAAUACUGUGUUUAACCCAUUUUAAAGUGACAGUAUCGGUUGUGUGUAAUUUGGUAAUGUAGCAUACUUGAAAUCAGAAGCAACUUGCGCAGGUGUGAGCCCAGCUGAUGUGUUCAGUCUCUGUUUGUGUGCGUGCAUGGGACGUCUGGUUUUCAUCCAGGUACGGUGCGUUUUCGUUUAUCGGAAUGGUGAAAUGUGUCACGGGGCUCAUCGUGGAAGGCCUUAUUUCCGUUCUUUCCUUGUUCUAUGAGGCUCUGGUGUUCAGCCGUCACCGAUUGGACUGAUCUUUCAGCGGCAGCCCUGUUCAAGCCAUGAUCGCAGUGCCCAUAGUUCGCCUGCUGUUAGGGAGAAGGUUCUUCCCGAUCUCCCCCUUUAUACUCAGGAAUACCGUACAUUUCAACAGAAUCUACAUUAGUGGCUCAGUACUUUAAACCAGUGCAAGAAAGACUGUCUUGUUUCAACACUGCUAGACUAAAUGACAUCAGCAUGUUCCUUAAAGGGAUAGUUCACAAAAAAAUUAAAUUACUCGUCGUUCUAAACCUGUUUUGUCCAUACAGUUAAUGUCAAUGGAGAACAAAACAAAAUAGGUCCCCAACACAUUCUUCAAAUUGUAAAAUUGGGAACGACUUGAGUGUUAAUAAAUGAUGUCAUUUUCAUUUUUAGGUGAACUGUGCCUUUGAAGUUUCCAGUUGUUUGUUAUUGCACCAUUUGAAUGCACUAGUAAUACAUUAAAGUGAGUUUGAGUCUCUCAUGUGGGACUGGGGGACUCAUGAUUGAUGUCACCGACAUCAAAACUGGCCCAAUUUUAGUUUCUACUAGCCCCUAGUGUUCUUGAGAGUGUUGCACUGGGAUUGCAGGUACUUCCACGUCUCAAUCUUGUAGGUACACAUGCAACCUUGAGAGCUUACGACCAGGCGAGCUGAUCAGUUCAAGUUGUAGGCUGUUAACUCUUGGUUUGUAGAUUCUGUUGCCUUGAAGCAUAUGAUGGUUUAAUACUGAUUUGUUUUUUUGUUUUUUUUACUGCACCAUAUGAAGUUUAGUGAUGAGAAGGGGAUAGUUUUUUUUAAUCAUUUCAUUUUACUGUACUACUAUUUCUUGAUAAUGAUGUGUGAUGGUUGUGUGUACAAUAUUUGACACAGUGUACCAAUUUGUGCUAUGAUACUGUCACUUUAAAAUCAAGCGUGUAAAGUUACUUAUACAUAGAAUACGUGGAAAUGGCGUUGUUUUAUUUCAUUUUUGCAUUCCUGUACAUGUCAGAAUUUUAUUUUUGUUUACUGAUGUGAAUAUUACUGUGAGCAGUGCCAUAUGUUUAGAGAAGUCCGUAAUUUUUGUUCUGCUACCCGGAAAAAAAGGCCUUGUUUAUCUUCUUUGGCUUGGUCAGUGACGUCUCAGUGAAUAUCUGUCUGUUUACUGGAAUGUCUCGAGUCAGACCACAAGAGGGAGCUCGCUCCUCAUUUUGCCAUAACUUGUCUGAGUAUUUCAGGGUUUCUUUCUUUUGUGCUAAUUCUCAUAUCACUUUGGAAGUAUGCACAGCGCUAUACUGUUAAUUAAAACAAUAGAACAAACAUCAUGGCCACGGUGUCUGUCUUAAACUGUGUGUGCGCGCGUGUUUGUACCUGUGUGUAUUAAAUGAUACUAGUUAACAUUUUUUUCUGUGUGAAUACUGUAAUUUUCUAUUCGUUAGUACAUAAGCAUUUUAAAAUAGUAAGUCUUAGCCAUGAUCUUAUCCUCUUUUAAACCUUAAAUGUCAAAUAUUGUAUAGAACAGCUGUUUCUGAUGAACAGAAAUAAGCCAAACUUGGAUAAAAUAUAGGCCUGAGUAAGCCAGCCAUUUUUAAUAGAAAUACCAGGACAAUUCAAAAACAAGCAUUAACAAAAAUACCAGGGACAAAAAUAAAAACCCAGAGGAAAUGAAACGGGUGAACUUCAGUAUAAUAAGGACUUUUGUAUCCAUCUGUGGGUCUGCUUUGCAUAAAGUACAGGGUACAUGCUGCAUAGAUUAAGAUACAACUUAUAAACCUUUAAAAUAUGCAUUGGAGAAAAAAAAAUCUAAUAGAAUAUAUAGUAAAAAAAAAAUGUCUUCAGUGUAAAAAUAACACCUGCAUUUUUUCCUGUUGUAAUCUCCCGCCAAUAUGAUAAAUGAAUGCAGUCUUCCAAAUGCAUUUAAUAUUUCCCCUAAAAUUUAAAAACGGGAGGGUUGGUCUUGUAUUUCUCUAUUAUUUACAUUCAAGUGCAAGAUUAGGACAGCAGGUAAUGGCAUUAAAAAAAAAAAAAAAAAAGUUUAAUUUUUCUCAGGCUAGAGGGACAUUUUUA